CUCUGUCUCUCUCCCCCCUCCCCGCCUCCAUCUUCCUCUCCCUCCCGCUCCCCAUUCAUUCUUCCCCUUCCCUCCGCCUCCCUCCCCGUUUCAGGCGGAGCGGGCCCGGCAGGAGGCGGAGCGGACCGCCGCACGUCCCCCAGCCGCUCGGCCGGCCCCCCCGCCAUGGGUCGGAAGCGCUGCGUGGGGGGAGACGGCUCCAAGAUGGCGGCGGGUUGCUGCGGGGUGAAGAAGCAGAAACUCUCCAGUUCCCCUCCGUCGGGCUCGGCCGGCCCGGGAGGCGGCGGCGGCGGCUCCCACUGCGGCGGGGCGGCGGCGGCGGGCGGCGAGCCGGGGGCGUUACCCCCGCCGGGGGGCCCCCGCCUGAACGGCCUCGGGGGGCUGGCGGGGGGCGCCGCCGGCUGCGCCCUGGCCCCGCCGCUGCCGCCCAGCUGCGGCGGGGGCCCCGCCGGCCUCUCCCCUCCGGCCGCCUCGCUGCUCGCCUCCCCCGGCGCCGGCUCCGGCGGGCCCGGCUGCAGGAAGAUGGUGGUGUCGGCCGAGAUGUGCUGCUUCUGCUUCGAUGUGCUCUACUGUCACCUGUACGGCUACCAGCCCCCGCGGAGCCCCCGCUUCACCAAUGACCCCUACCCACUGUUUGUAACGUGGAAGAUUGGUCGAGAUAAACGAUUGCGUGGAUGCAUAGGUACUUUUUCUGCCAUGAACCUGCAUUCAGGACUCAGGGAGUACACACUUACUAGUGCCCUUAAAGAUAGUCGUUUCCCCCCAAUGACGAGGGAUGAGCUGCCACGGCUUUUCUGCUCAGUGUCUCUACUCACUAACUUUGAAGAUGUAUGUGACUACAUGGACUGGGAGGUGGGUGUACAUGGCAUUAGAAUAGAAUUCAUCAAUGAAAAAGGAUCAAAACGCACCGCCACCUACUUACCGGAGGUUGCAAAGGAGCAAGGAUGGGACCACAUUCAAACCAUAGAUUCCUUAUUGAGGAAAGGAGGCUACAAAGCUCCGAUUACUAAUGAAUUCAGGAAAACCAUAAAGCUAACCAGGUACCGUAGUGAGAAGAUGACCAUGAGCUACACAGAGUACCUUGCCCAUCGUCAGCAUCAUCACUUCCAAAAUGGCAUUGGGCACCCCCUUCCACCAUACAACCAUUAUUCCUGACACUGAGCCGCAUGACCAGUCACUGGACCUCUCUGCAGACCUCUUCCCAGGAGACCCUGCCCCUUCUUGGUCUAGCUAUCUCUAUUACUGUACCAUUUUAUGAUGAUAGUUUCCGUUGCCAUUUUGAGGCUUCUCCAAUAGUUGGUUAAGCUCAUUGUGGCAACGGGAGGGAAAAAAAUUGCAUUGUUACAAAGAUCCCAUACUUUUUUAUUGAAUCACUGCAGAUUUUUUUGCAGCAUAUAUAGCCCUUGGGUUUUUUAUGAAAUUUAAAAUUUCUACUUCAUUAACAUUGAAUUAUAUCAGUCAAGACUUUCUGUGACUGUGGAUGGAAGGAAGAGUUUAAGGAUUACAGUUAGGGAUUCUUUGCUCAGAAAAAAAAAGGCAUUCAUGGCUUUUUCAUUAAUAGCUCUGUCAGGGAAUGAAACAUAUCAGAUUCAGGUAUUAUAUUAGACAAUGAAUUGCAUUUUCUUAACCUUCUUAAUAGUAGUCUGUGGUACAAUAUUUCAUAGACUUUCUUCUUUCCUUUGAGUUUUUCCAUGAGCUCCUUUGCUCAUCUGUGCACGGUUGAGCAAGGAGCUCAUGGAAAAAAUCAAAGGGAAGAAGAAACUCUGUCAAAUGUGGAAAAAGGACCUGGCCACUUGGGAGGAAUAUAGGAUUGCUGUCAAGACCUGCAGGGAUGUAGUGAGGAAGGCUAGGGCCCACAUGGAAUUAAAUCUGGUGAGGGAGGUCAAGGACAACAAAAAAGGUUGUGUUUUCUUUUCAGUAUGUCAAUAGCAAAAGGAUGACAAGGGAAAAUGUGGGCCUGCUGCUUAAUGAGGUGGGUGCCCUGAUAACGGCAUGCUGAGAAGGCGGAGAUGCUCAACACCAUCUUUGCUUCAGUCUUUACUGAUUAGACUGUCCCUCUGGAACCUCAGACUAAGGAGGUAAGGAAGAGAGUCUGGAGAAGGGAAGACUUUCCCUUGGUCCAGGAAGAUCUGGUCAGAGAUCAUCUAGGCAAACUUGACACACACAAAUCCACUGAUCCCAAUGGGAUGCACGCACAAGUGGUGAGGGGGCUGGCAGAAGUGAUUGCCAAACCACUCUAUCAUCUUGGGAGAAUGGGAAAGACUGGAAGAUAGCCAGUUUCACUCCAGCCUUCAAAAAGGACAGGAAGGAGGAGCUGGGAAACUACAGGUCAGUCAGCCUCACCUCUGUACCUGGAAAGGUGAUGGAACAACUUGUUCUGGAUGUCAUCACCAAGCAGGUGGAAGAGAAGAAGGUUGUCAGGAGUAGUCAGCGUGGAUUCACGAAGAGGAAGUCAUGCUUGACUGACUCGGUAGCCUUCUGUGAUGUCAUUGCCAGCUGGGUAGAUGAGGGGAGAGCAGUGGAUGUUGCAUACCUUGACCAGCAAGGCUUUAGACAAGACUGUGCUGCCGUUCAGCAGGACAUGUACAGGCUGGUGAGUUGGGCAAGAGAGGAACCUGAUGAGCUUCAACAAGAGCAAGUGUAGAGUCCUACAUCUGGGAAGGAAUGAACUGCAUGCAUCAGUACAGGUUAGGGGCUGACCUGCUGGAAUGGUGUUCUGCAGAGAACGACCUGGGUGCUGACCAUGAGCCAGCAGUGUGCCCUGGUGGCCAAGAAGGCCAGCAGUAUCCUGGGGUGCGUUAAAAAGAGCAUGGCCAGCAGGUCGAAGGAGGUGAUCCUCCCCUUCUGCUCUGCCCUGGUG